CUUGCUUGGCACAUGACGUCACAAGUCGAAGCACCGCUACACUUUUCUUUCACAAACAUUCGUUUAAUAAUGAUAAUACAUAUAAACCAUGUUUAACUUUGACGAACAUCUGAAGUCAAGCUGAUAGGUCAGCGUUUUCUUCGAUUAUGGAUCGCUACAACGAGGUGAAACUGUUGUUGAAAAGCUGGGAGCAAGGCUUCGUCAAGGAGCAUAACAGAAAACCUGCUAAGGAGGACAUUGAUGACGCUCCAGAGGAGACGAAAAAUCUAUAUAAAGAGUACCGCAGUUUGAAACUAGCCAAAGAGAACAACAGCAGUAGCGACAGUGCAACUAGAAAUAACACUGAACAGUCUGGAUCUGCACCUCAGAAGGACUGCUGGGGUUCCCACCUGAAUCGCAGCGCGUUACCGGCGUCUUCAUCCCGGCCGCUGACCUCCCAGGACAGAGACGCUCUGAAGGCCUCAGCGCAGUACUACGGUCUCAAACUGAAGACCAACUUGGUGUCGCUGUCUAAAAAUAACAAAACCGUUUCAUUGAAAAGAACUGGACGUGUGCCUCUCAACUCUUUAAAAAGAGAUGAUGAAUGCGUCCUGGAGAAUAAUGUUGUUGCCAUAUCCCAUGAUGCAGAAUCCAGAACCUUUUCAUCAAGGUCGGUAAAGCCAAAACUGGGAGCCAAUAAGAUCCAUCUGGCUGAGCCUGAUGAACCUCUUGAUCAAUUUACGUCCAUUCCAGAACCUUCCAAAGAUUCUCUUAUACCAAGUAAGACUCACUUGUCCCCCAUCUCCAGUGGAGAUGUAGAAAAAGACUCAAGGUUUACACGUGGAGGCCUCAGACCUGCAAAUCUAGGAGGAUUUCAAGUCACUUCAACCGCGGGAAGGCCUACUCCCGCCAACCGGCUGAGCUGCGUGGACAGGAAGUGGCUGGAGAGAUGUCAGGUUUUUGGCGAACUCGGAGCUGAAGACAAGCCUGGCGCGGGAAACCAGGAUGGAUGUCAGACAAAUGAGAAAACUCAGGAGAACAGAGGGGACGAGAAAGAUGCCGGGACUGACGUUUGUGUAAAUCCUGCACCAAAUUCGAAGAAAAUAAAGGAAUUGACUGAUGAACCAGCACUAUCGAAAGAGGCAAAUGAGAAAACUCAGGAGAACCGAGGGGACGAGAAAGAUGCCGUGACUGACAUUUGUGUAAAUCCUGCACCAAAUUCCCAGAAACUAAAGGAAUAUACUGAUGAACCAGCACUACCGAAAGAGGCAAAUGAGAGCCCUCCAAAGAAGAACAGGAAGAAAAGGCAGCGGGAAGGAGAAGCGAUAGAAGAAGGGGGAGACCGGAAGAGGGGUAGGAAGAAGAACUUGGAAAACAAUGUAAAGAAAAAGGAGAACGCUGAGGAAAUAGAUGGAAAGAAAAAGAGACGAAGGAUGAAGGCAAAAGAGGACUCUGUAGUAGAGGAAAACAAACCGACCAAGGCACCAAAGAAGGUUCCUCAAGAGAACUUACUUGGAGAAAUUGAAGAAGACUUUAACACAAAGAGAUCUUAUCACACACAGUCAAUCAGAGCCAGAGGCUCCAAAGCUACUGAAGGCAACUUUGUGAGGAUCAAUCUCAAGAAGAAAUCACACGUCAAAGGGUACGCGUUGAGAGGAAUGGCCCUACGCAAGCAAUUGUACAUGCAGAAGUUCCAGCUGAAAGGCGAACGAUUUGGUGGUGGCGGCGGUUUUUUGGGCAGAGGACGUCGCGGCGGAUUCCGCGGCGGUCACACCCGACAGGGUGACACCUGCUUCAAAUGCGGCGGCACAGGACACUGGGCCGUCCACUGCAAGGGACCAGGUAGCGCAAUGCUAACCUUUUCCAGUCAAGGCCUGCAUUUAAGCUGUGUUCUUCUAUUUGUAGUGCCGCCACCCGCCACGGAGCAGCCCGUUGAGGAGGAGGAACCUUUUGAGUUGCCUACUCUGGAGGAGGUCGCCAGAGCGACAGGGACGCUGCAAGAUUCUCAUGUCCAAGAGGACCAAGAAGCAGAGAACAACGGAGACGAAGCUCUUCUUAACGUGAUCCGUCCUGACUAUGAGCGGCCGGCACCUCCGCCGCCCGUUGAGCCGCUUUACAGCCUCACCGACGAUGGCAAUGUUCACGCAACACCGGAUGACGUUUUUGUCGCUCUUCGAGAACUCGGCUACAACUCGUUCAGGGCGGGCCAGGAGGAAGCAAUCAUGAGGAUCCUGUCAGGUCUCUCUACUUUGGUAGUAUUGUCGACAGGGAUGGGAAAGUCCCUGUGCUAUCAGCUGCCGGCUUACUUGUACGCCAAGCGCUCUAAUUGCAUCACUUUGGUCAUUUCGCCUCUUGUCUCGUUAAUGGAUGACCAGCUUUCUGGCCUGCCAGCCAAUCUGAAAGCAGCCUGCAUUCAUUCCAACAUGACAAUGAAACAGCGAGAAGUCGCGAUACAAAAGGUGAAAGCAGGUCAGGUGUGCGUAUUGCUGCUGUCACCUGAAGCACUGGUGGGCGGCGGAAACUCCGGUCCGGGGUGUCUUCCUUCAGCGCAAGAGCUCCCCCCUGUGGCAUUUGCGUGCAUCGACGAAGCCCACUGCGUUUCCGAGUGGUCGCAUAACUUUCGGCCGUGCUAUCUCAGGCUUUGUAAGGUUCUGAGAGAGCGCUUGGGCGUGCAAUGUUUGUUGGGACUCACAGCCACGGCUACGUUGUCUACGGCUCUGGACAUCGCCCAACAUUUGGACAUUCAUGACCAGGCUGGCAUUGCGGUCCGAUCCGCCGCCGUGCCUGCAAACCUGCACCUCUCAGUGUCCACGGAUAAGGAAAAAGAUCAGGCUCUGGUGUCCUUGUUGAAAGGCGAUCGCUUCGGCUGUCUGGACUCUGUCAUCGUUUACUGCACCAGGAGAGAGGAGACUGCUCGCGUGGCCGCGCUGCUCAGAACCUGCCUGCAGGGGGUGCUGUUGAAAGAAAAUAAACACGUCAGAAACAGCCAGCAGGUCAACCCAGUUGGGGAAAAGAAGAAAGAACUUGCAAGGAAGAAGAUUCGCAAACCCCUAAAGUGGCAAGCCGAGUCGUACCACGCCGGCCUUUCUGGCUCGGAACGCCGCCGGGUUCAGAACAACUUCAUGUGCGGCCAGCUACGGAUUGUGGUGGCCACUGUGGCAUUCGGCAUGGGCCUGGACAAAUCUGACGUACGGGGAAUUAUUCACUACAACAUGCCUAAGAGCUUCGAGAGCUACGUUCAAGAAAUAGGCAGAGCGGGGCGAGACGGAGAACCGGCGCACUGUCACCUCUUCCUUGAUCCUGAGGGUAUGGACCUCCAUGAAUUGCGACGCCACAUCUACUCUGACACGGUGGACUACUACACAGUGAAACGUCUGGUCCAGAAAGUAUUCCCGCCAUGCAAAUGCAAACAAAUCCAGAAGAAAAGACAAGAACUCUUCCAGGAGGACAUCGAUGACGCCGAGCUGUUGGAGAUGAUGGAAAUGCGCGAUCAGGAAAACGGGGGUGACACAGCCACCCAUCAGGAGGUGCUGCUUUCCACGGACGAUGGUCAAAAAGAGGAUGAUUGCACUGCUGAGAAAGUUGACAACCAAGAAAUAGGUUGGCCCAUGGAGCGAGUGUGCCAUACACAUGAGAGAGCCGUCCCCAUCCAAGAGACUGUGGAGAGCCUGGACAUCACAGAAGAAGGUAUCGAGACACUGCUAUGCUAUCUGGAGCUCCAUCCUCAGCGUUUCGUUGAACUCCUCCACCCCACGCUGUCCGUGUGCAAAAUCAGCUGCUACGAUGGACCCAGACAGCUACGAAGGAUCACUAAAAUAUGCCCUCCCGUCGCAGUAGUGCUGGCCCGGCGGCGUGUAGCCGGCCAGCGAGUGGAGUCAUGUGACCAGCUGGAGUUCGACGUGGUGGAGGUGGCCGACACCAUGGGGUGGCAAUUGCCCUUGGUGAAGAGGGGACUCAGGCAGUUGCAGUGGAGCACCGAUAAAUCUGGGGGACGCAGCGGCAUCCACGUGGAGUUUUCAUCCCUGUCCUUCUACUUCCGUUCCUACGGCGACCUGAACGAUGAGGAGCUGGACAAGGUGUGUCGCUUCCUUCAUCAGCGUGUGCAGGAUCGCGAGAGGUCGCAACUUUACCAGCUGAGCGCUUGCUUCAAGGCUUUCAAGAGCGUGGCUUUCAAUAGCGUGUCAUCCUGCGUGGACGACUUGGAUGAUGGUCGCAGUUUGCAAUUAAAGGGCCUCCUGUCUGACUAUUUUGAUAAGAGGCGAGACCGGGACCUCAACUUGGAUCCACUAGACAUGGAUGACAGUCUGGACAAGUAUAAGCUACUGGACUGGGAGAACCAAAUCCGAGCAGACAUUAGGAGCUUCCUGUCUCACAGAAGUGACGAAAAGUUUUCCGGAAGAGCUGUUGCUCGAAUUUUUCAUGGCAUUGGGAGUCCGUGUUAUCCUGCCCAGACGUACGGCAGAGACCGACGCUACUGGCGGAAAUACAUCCAGUUUGACUUCAACCAGCUCAUCAAAAUGGCUACUCAGGAAAUCAUUCAAUUUAAGUAAAGUGCAUUGUUUUUUUACAUGAAAUAAAACAUAUAUUUUUCCUAAUUAGGUUAUUGUUAUUCAC